AUGGCAGCAAUCACUGGCAAGUCCGCACAGCUCAUGACAGAACCAGAUGCGCUCAACAUGUCUGAGAUGCAGACAGACGACCACAAGACUCCCCAAAACAACAAGGUGUCUCCACUCACCGAGGAUUUUGCGGCGUUGGUGCAAAGUACACUGGACAAGUGGCAUAUCCAAGGCGUCGCCAUUGCCGUCGUUGAUGGUGAUGAAACAUGGUCUGACGGAUACGGGAUUGCUGCUUUGCCGGAUAUUCCUGUCCGACCUUCGACGCUGUUUUACACGGGUAGCACAACUAAAUCAUUCACUGCUUCCGCGGCCUCGUUACUAGUCGACGAUGACGAGAAGUAUCCUCACAUUAAAUGGACGACGCCGCUCAGCGAACUCAUCCGUGACGACUUUGUCCUCCAAGAUGCGUAUGCGACAUCGCAUGUUACAUUGGAAGACGCGCUUUCCAAUCGAACCGGCUUGCCCGGACAUAUGCUGACAUUGGGCCGCGAGGGGACGGUGCGCGACGUUGUCCGAAGUCUGCGCCAUUUACCGAUGGACAAGGAGAUUCGAACAAAGUGGCAAUACUCCAACGCCAUGUUUAUAACUGUCGCGCAUAUGAUCGAGGUGGUUACUGGGGAAUGGCUGGGCGACUUUCUUCGCCAACACGUCUGGGAGCCCUUGGAGAUGAAUUCGACCUUCUUCUCGCUCGAAGAUGCACGGCAGUACGUUGCCUUGAAUGAUGAGGCUACGCUGGCCAAAGCCUAUGAUUGGGAUGAGGCUUCCUCUGAACCCAGGGAGGUUCCGUAUUGCGAAGGGACCCUGAGCGGUGCCGGGGCGACUAUCUCGACCGUCCUUGACUACGCCAAGUAUAUCCGUUCAAUGAUCCGGCAAUCUGGCCCGCUAUCGAAAGCAGGCUAUGCGGCAUUGCUCGAACCCCGUUCUUUUAUGCCCAAGAUGCUUCCGCAGCUCACGAGGCAGAUGGUAUAUACCUUUGGGUUGAUGUCGACGACUUAUCGUGGCGAAUCCGUCAUCCUGCACCCCGGAGGCCUUGAUGGCAUGACGAGUACGAUGAUCUACUUUCCCGAGCGAGACUGGGGCAUCGCCGUGUUCUGCAAUGCUGCUGGUCCAGGACGGGAAGUGCUAGCAUGGCAUCUGAUAGAUGAGCUACUCAACGUCCCAAAAGAAGAGCGCGUUGAUCUCUUUGAUCUAUCUCAAAAAAAGCUUGCCAAAGUCAAAGAGAUGCGAUCGACAGCUCGGGAACGCCUGUACCCCUCUGCCCCUUUGCCUGGUCGCCCGCACUCAUUGUCUUUGUUAGACUACGUGGGCACAUAUACGCACCCUGCCUACCCAGACUUGGUCAUCAGUCUAACACCGGACGACCAGACAAGCCUCCACAUAACCAUGGCGGGAAGCUUGAAUUCUCGACUGAACUUGAAGCACGUGUCCGGAGAUUUCUUCCUAGCGGAGGUGUUCGAGUGCUUGUGGAGUGUAGAUCCGUCGGCCGUAAUCAAGGCCGAAUUCCGUAUCAAUCCCGAAGGCAAGGCGGCCAGAUUUGGAGCUACUCUUGAUUACGCCGAUAUGCCCGACACCUUGAUUUGGUUUGAUCGUUCUGUCUAA